AUGAAUCCUCAUCAGAAAAACAAGAUCGACAUUAGUGAGCGCAAAUACUUCGACAGUGGUGACUAUGCUCUUUCAAAAGCUGGAAAAGCAGGCGAUACAGGCGUAACAAGCAUUGGCACCGAGCACCCAACCGCCGAGACUAUUCCACAUACCUCUCCUCUCAAUCACAUUGUAUCCCGCAGCGAUAGCAUCGCCGCAGGCUCGCCUCCGUCCCACAAUGCCUCCCUGAGCACCAAUCCUUCUCUGGGCGCAGUCGGUUCAGGCGAUGGCUCAUCUCCCACACUCACAGGGCCAAGUCCUGCCGGUAUGCACCGCGGUAGUAUCAGCGGUAUUCCUGGCGGAAGCAUGCUCCAGCCCACAGGCAGCAUUAGUCUUGUCAAUAGCCGCAGCCCGCAGAAAGAAAGCUAUCUCAAUCGAAGCUCAAGCAUAGAUGAUGCAGACGGCAUGCAAGACUCGACCGGCGGCCAAGCAUCCGACCAGGCAAUGAACAGCACCAGCCCUUCUGCGAAGACCGAGGGUAUUCCCAUCAGAAGAUAG